UCAGUGUGAAAGUAACCAUUGUCCUGGUGGAACUUUUUUUUACAGGCGGUCUUACACAUGAAUCAGAGGGAUGCUGUAAUUCACUGAAAAUAUUUUGUGUCAUCUGGCAGAAGUCAGAGAUCCGCGACAGAGAAAGAGAGAGAGAGAAUAAGUUUGGGAGCGUUCAAACUUUGGAAAGCUGCGGAAUAGUUUAUUUUCCGAGAAACACUAAAUAAGACCAGCAGAUUAGAUCAAGGACGUCCACAUGCUUCAGCAUCAUUUCCAGUUUCCCCUGAAGCGGAAUUUGGCACGUCAUUGUGAUAAAAGGGAUGAAUGAGGGCCGCUCUGCUCUCCUCAGAAGGUGCCACCUUGCUUUGUCCAAGGCCGACACCCUCACCAGAUCUGCUGUCUCUGUGGACUCGGGCGAUGUUGGGGCCCCUCAGCCUGAGAGCGAUGCAGCAUUCCCACUGUCUGAGCUCUCAGACCUGUUCGAGAGCGAGGAUGCCUCCCAGUCAAUUCAGGAUACGAGUCAGGGUUCAGCCCUGGAGCUGGUUCAACCCGGCCAGCCUGCAGACGGCAGACAAAACCUGCGGAUGAAGUUCCAGGGUGCUUUCAAGAAGGGCAUUUCCAACCCUAAGGAUUUAUUGGAAUCUACCAUAUAUGAAUCAAAUGUGGUACAGGGACCCAAGAAAGCACCCAUGGACUCGCUCUUUGACUAUGGCACCUACAGGAACACCAGCAACCAGAAGCGACGCAGGAAGAAGCUUCCAAGAGGUAAAGCAGAGAUGUCCUGUGACGACGGUGAAAGCUCAGAUCCACCGAAAGUGAUGAAAAUAUUCAACCGCACUCUCCUCUUUGACUGCGUGUCACGUGCUGACACUGAGGCCCUCGAGGGCCUGACGGAGUACCUGCAAAGUCAUGAAAAGAGGUUAACUGAUGAGGAGUUCAGAGAACCAUCCACGGGUAAGACGUGUCUGCCUAAAGCCUUGUUGAACCUGUACGGUGGGCAGAAUGACACCAUCCCUCUACUGGUGGACAUAGCAGAGAAGACCGGCAUCCUCAGAGAGUUCAUAAAUACGCCCUUCAGAGAUGUCUACUACAGAGGCCAGACGGCGAUGCACAUUGCUAUAGAGCGACGCUGUAAGCAGUAUGUGGAGCUGCUGGUGGAGAAAGGAGCUGAUGUUCACGCCCAGGCAAGGGGACGCUUCUUCCAGCCUAAAGACGAGGGGGGCUACUUCUACUUUGGUGAGCUUCCUCUAUCUCUGGCUGCAUGCACUAAUCAGCCUGACAUAGUGCACUACCUGACUGAAAAUCCGCACAAAAAGGCCGACCUGCGGCGCCAGGAUUCACGUGGAAACACUGUGCUGCACGCCCUAGUGCACAUCGCAGACAACACCAAGGACAACACUCGUUUCCUCACAAAGAUGUACGACCUGCUGCUAAUCAAGAGUGCCAAGCUCUACCCAGACUGCAGCCUGGAGACGGUGCUCAACAAUGAUGGCAUGUCACCACUCAUGAUGGCCGCCAAGCUGGGAAAGAUCGGGGUGUUUCAGCACAUUAUCCGACGUGAGAUAAAAGACGAGGAAGCUCGUCAUCUGUCACGUAAGUUUAAGGACUGGGCUUAUGGGCCGGUGUACUCCUCCCUUUAUGAUCUGUCUUCACUGGAUACAUGUGGAGAGGAACCGUCUGUGCUGGAAAUCCUCGUGUACAACAGCCGCAAUGAGAACCGCCAUGAGAUGCUGGCAGUGGAGCCCAUCAAUGAGCUGUUGAGGGCAAAAUGGCAGAAGUUUGCUGCUGUCACGUUUUACAUCAGCGUGGUUUCCUACCUCACCACCAUGAUCAUCUUCACCUUAGUGGCUUAUUACCACCCAACGCAGGGAAAGCCUCCGUACCCUUAUACAACAUCCUCUGACUACCUGCGGAUGGUAGGAGAGAUUGUCACCUUGGCAUCAGGAAUCUUCUUCUUCCUCACCAAUAUUAAGGACCUCUUCUUGAAAAAGUGCCCCGGGGUGAAGUCUUUAUUUAUUGAUGGAUCCUUUCAGCUGCUGUAUUUCAUCUACUCUGUACUGAUCGUAGUCACAGCUGCUCUCUACCUGUCUGGCAUUGAGGCUUAUGUGUCUGUGAUGGUGUUUGCACUCGUCCUGGGCUGGAUGAACACUCUUUACUUCACCAGAGGCCUGAAGCUCACUGGAACCUAUAGCAUCAUGAUACAGAAGAUUCUUUUCAAAGAUCUUUUCAGAUUUCUGCUGGUGUACGUGCUCUUCAUGAUUGGAUAUGCAUCAGCCCUGGUGUCCCUGCUAAAAGUCUGUCCUCCACCGGGCACAGAGUGUGAUGGCGGUUGCCCCACCUACCCAAUGUGCAGGGACCCAGACACCUUCAGUAACUUCCUUCUGGACCUCUUUAAGCUGACCAUUGGGAUGGGAGAACUGGACAUGAUCGACGGCGCACAGUAUCCUGCAGUCUUCCUCAUCCUGUUGGUUACCUACAUCAUCCUCACCUUCGUGUUGCUGCUGAACAUGUUGAUCGCUUUGAUGGGGGAGACGGUGGGGCAGGUGUCGAAGGAGAGCAAGAAGAUCUGGAAGCUUCAGUGGGCAACAACCAUCUUGGACAUCGAGCGCUCUUUCCCAGUCUGCCUCCGUAAGUCUUUCAGAGCCGGUGAGAUGGUGACUGUGGGGAAGAACUGGGAUGGAACACCAGACCGACGUUGGUGCUUUAGGGUGGAUGAGGUGAACUGGUGUCACUGGAAUCAGAACCUGGCGAUAAUCAGUGAAGAUCCAGGCAAGAAUGAAACCUGCCAAGCCAAUGGUUUGCAGCAGAGCGUCAAAGCCUUGAGGAGAGACCGCUGGUCCACAGUCGUCCCACGGGUGGUGGAGUUAAGUAAGGGUCCGCGGCCUCGUGAUCUGGUGGUAGAGAUGGAGCCGCUGACACCCAGAUACUGACGCCUGUAGAUGACUUGUGCUGUCCUUCUUACUGUAUACGGAGACAGCAGAGAGCUGUCAGCAUCAGUGUGUCAAUUUGGCCAAUAAGUGUACUCAUUUGCACAGAUCUCAUGUGCCUUCUGUUCAGAGGAAGUAUAAUAAAAAUUACAGUAAGAGACAGAGCACACGGAGACACUGGACGUCUUAAAAACACUAAAUAGAGUUAAAAACUAACCCUGAGUGAGCUGGAUUUUUUUUAAUUUACUUGUCACAUAAGAAUAGAGAAUUUAUUAUAAAAAUGUACUGUACCUCUGCUUCUUAGACAUCAGUGGCUGAUCACUCAGGGAUUUAAGAUAUUUCAGCAUUUCCACUCUCAUUAAAGUGUUACAGAAAACAGAAUCAUGAGUUAUCGACUAGCUAGUAGAAGCAUAAUUACUGUAUUGUUGUAUUAGCAGUGUAAAUAAAACCUUUGAUAGAAGCAAUCUACAGAUAUAAUCACAAUGGGAAAUAUUUCUUUAAGCAAACAUUCGUAGACCUGUAGAAUAGAAACAGCUUUCAUUUACUUGCUUUAUAUUUAAGGUCCAUGUAUGACGUGUCAUAAAGAUUCAAGUUGUAUAUGAUUAUUUGAAUGUUUAUUAUUUAGGGUAUAUCGUAUAUUUUAUAAAUGUCAUUUUCUAUACUGUAUUAUUAAAAUAGUUUCAACAUUAUAAAAGUCUCAGACUUGGACUGCCAGCUCAGGCAGCACAGCUUUCAUUUGAACCGAAACAAUGCACUAUGACAAUUUCUGAUGUGUGCAUUAUUAUAUGAACACAAAGACAUUGUUCUGAACAAGAUGGGCAUGAUGAGCAGGUUAUAGUUGUCAAGCAAAUAUGCAAAUGCACGACAAUAGCUUUCUGUGUUAUGGUUUGUCUUUGAUUUUCCAGAGUUAUUGUUCCUUUGCAGCUGGGGUAUUUGCAUAAUCAACUCUCAGGCCUCGCUAUUAUGUGCUUCCCCCUAUUUGCUGCAGUGUUUUCAUUGCAAUUGGCUUCUUGCCCUAUAUAGCAUCUUGUUUAUGCGGAACUACUGUAUGUAUGCAUGUAUUUGUGUUAUUGUACUGCAUGUCAGGAUUUGAUUAAGCGCAGAUAGACCCUACAAUUCAUUUUCACUAAUUCAUUGCUGAUGAAGGUCACAGUUCAUUGUUCACGGUGUUUACAUUGCUUUUAUAAUGAGACUUCUGUGCAGUUUUUUUUAUUGUUUGUACUUUGCAGCACAGAGCAAUAAACACUGAAUUCAUUUUAUAAAUCAUAUAGUAGUCUGUUUUGCAGUUCCUGGUUAGAUAUUAGACAUAUAU